UCGAUCGACUGCUUUCAUUCUCUCUAGCUCCGACGCUGCGGCGCUCCUUCUUCCUUCACGGUGCGGAGGGAAGGCGGUCAACAAACGACCGCGGAAGACGGCCGGCGCCGCCCCGGCGCCAUCCAUCAGAGGGAGUUGAAAGGAAUCAAAGAAUUUUUGAAAAUGAGAGAUUUGCAGCUGUCACUUAACCAAACCCAGAGGGUAAGGCUGCAGGUGGCUCUCCAGCAGCUUCAGGACCUUGCUUCUCAAGCUGCUGCUUAUUCCUCGGUCACCAUUGCUGACACAAUCCUUGUCAACAAUGAAGACGGUAUUCUCAAGGGGCAUGGGACGUCAGAACUUGAUGGUCAAGUGGUUGCCACUUUGUGUGGUGUGGUGGAGCGAGUAAAUAAACUGGUUUAUGUACGUGCUCUAAGAGCCAGGUACAAGCCAGAGGUUGGAGAUAUUAUCGUUGGCCGUGUCAUUGAGAUCGCUUUUAAACGUUGGAGAUUGGAGAUUAAUUUCAGUCAAGAUGCAGUAUUGAUGCUUUCAUCUAUGAAUUUGCCAGAUGGUAUCCAGAGGCGGAGAACUGCUGUUGAUGAACUCAACAUGCGUAGUAUCUUUGAAGAAAAUGACGUAAUUUGUGCUGAAGUUCGUGGCUUCCAGCAUGAUGGAAGUUUGCACCUUCAAGCUAGAAGCCAAAAGUAUGGAAAGCUUGAGAGGGGUCAAUUGCUUACGGUCCCAGCAUAUUUAGUGAAGCGGCGUAAGCAACACUUCCACCAUCUGGAGCAAUAUGGCGUCGACUUGAUUCUUGGAUGCAAUGGCUUCGUUUGGGUGGGUGAGCACUUGAAAACUGGAGAGCAUGACAUGCUUGACGACCAAGAAAAGAGACCAGAAAUUAGCAAAUCCAAUAAGAUUGAUGAAGAAGAGCAAGAGCGGACUUUCACUCCUCUGGAAGUAAGACAGCACAUAUGUGGGAUUGCCAAUGCUGUCCGUUUGCUAUCUGCUCUGGGCUUCAUUCUAACAGUUGAAGCAAUCAAAGACACCACCGAAGCUGGUGUCUCUUCAAAUAUCGAGAUAAAAGACAUGCUAGGACCAGAAUUUUAUGUCCAGAUUGUAGAGAGAGAGGUCCAACGCAGAAUAUCAUUGUUAAGGAAGAAGGGCUGAGUGCAGGUUGAGACUCAUGCACUGGAUUUCAGCUGAUUCCUCCCAUAGGAAGGACACAUUCCCUAUAAUAAUGAAUACAUUCCCUACAGAUCUUUUGCAUGCAA